AUGUCCGAAGCUCGCCAACACUGGGGUCUUGCCUGCACAGACAAGGCGGCCAAGUUCUAUAUCUGUGAGGACGACGAUACCCCGUUCAUGGGCUGCUGUAUCAACGACCCUUGCGGCAAGAAUAACGGCACAUGCGCCGACGACGAUCUACGAGCCACGACUUUCAAUGGCGAUUCCUACGCCGACCUCCCCGCUCAAGACUGUGCCAACUCCCAAGGCCUCGACAAUUGGUAUACCUGCGCCUACACCGAUCCCCCGUUCAUAGGGUGUUGCAGUCAGAAUGCUUGUGGUUCAGGCUGUCCAGCAGACAGGGUUGAGCCAGCGAGGCUAUCCAAGAUCGCCAAGAACAAAGACAAUUUCCUUAGUCCCGCUGCAUCCUCCAGUGCUUCCGCCACGGCGUCUAGCACAGCAGAGCCGGACAGUGACGAUGGCGGCUUGGGUACGGGGGCUACCGCUGGUAUUGCUGUGGGUGCAGCAGUAGGAGGUUUGCUAAUCCUAGGCCUUUUGGCCUGGCUGUUCUGGUGGAAGCCUCGACAGAAGAAGAAGCAGCAGGGCACUCAACCGGCUGCUACCUCUGCUCCUCCUGCACCUCCUAUGACCGAGCAGGCUUACUCACUCGUGGGCGGUGAUCAACAACCAACAUACCAUGCGCAAUCUCCUAUGAGCGGCUACCAGCAAUCCUUUGCCCCAUCGCCCACCACAUGGCACCAAUACCCUAGCGGUGUUCCCUCCUCGAUGGACCACUCCGGCAAGCUCUCUCCUCAAUUCUCCCAAUUCGACCAGCGUCAAUCAUACGGCCACUUCUCCGAGGCGGGCUCUCUACCGCAGAGCCCCAACCUGCCUGCUUACCAACAGCCCUAUCAACAGCCUUACCCACAACCUGGUCAACCCCAUAUACCACAAGUUUCUGAAAUGGACGGUGGAUCGGGAAUGCCCCUCGAGAUGAGUGCCGGUCCCGAGCAUCACGUUCAACAGGACAAGACUCCUGUUGGACACGAUCGAGACCAAGGAUUAGGUAUUGGUAAAUAG